AUGGAUGUCACUCAAAGUGGUAAAAAUGAAGCAAAUUCGACUUAUAGCACUCCAAUACGUUCACGUCAAGUAGGCAUUUCGGAAACAACCCCAAAGAAAAUAAAGCCUGUAAAUAAAGACUUGUCCGUACCUCCAGAUCGAACUCCAACUUCUGCAUUACGAAGAGGAAUACUCAAGCCAAUUUCAAACGUAUCAAGUAAUAAAACUCCGUCUAAUGUACCUUCAGUUACCUUUAAUGAGUCGAAGUCACAAAAACGCGAUCACAACUCGGGAUUGAUUAAAGCAUAUUUACGAAUUAGACCCAUAAAUUCGGAAGAUGUAAUAAAACCUUAUAUUCAAAUUAUAAACGACACGGAGGUUGUAAUGAUUCCCCCAAAGGAUUCUCAUGCCUUUAAAACAUGCAAUAAAGGGCCAGAAAAAUAUAUGUUUACAAAAGUUUUUGAUGAAAGAACAUCACAAAAACGUUUUUUUUUGGAAACAACGCUACCGCUAGUAAAAGGUGUACUAGAAGGAACCAACGGAUUAGUAUUUGCUUAUGGUGUAACAAAUAGCGGCAAAACAUAUUCAAUUCAAGGUACUCGAAAUGAAGAAGGUAUAUUACCUCGAACAUUAGAUACAAUUUUUAGUAGUAUCAAAAACCUAGAAAGUGAAGCGCAGAACUCAUCGUCAAACAAGAGUAACAGUGCCAAGAUAGAAGACUCUGAUGCUCUUGAUUUAACGCAAAAGCUUGAUAACAUAGCUGUAGAUGUCGAUAAACAAUUUAGGUAUGCAGUGUGGGUUUCGUACGUCGAAAUUUAUAACGAAAAAAUAUAUGAUCUUUUGGAAGACCCUGGAAGCGCAAAGCAGCCGGAGAGCAAACGAAAAGCAUUGAUCGUAAAAAAUGAUAAACGAACUGGAAAUAAGUAUCUUAGUGACAUUAAAGAAGUUCGAAUACGUAAUGUAGAAGAUGGAUAUUCUGUGCUUAAGCAAGGCAUGAAAAAUCGACAAAUUUUUUCGACACUGGCUAAUGAGACUUCUAGUCGAAGCCAUUGUAUUUUCAUGAUAAAAAUAAUAAAGAUACCAUGUGACAAAGAUACCGCCACAGAGUUGUCAUCAUCCUUUGUCGUAACGAGUCGGUUAUCAAUAGUUGACCUUGCGGGUUCAGAACGGACAAAAAAUGUGCAAACAACAGGACAGUGUCUCGAAAUAUUACGAGCGAAUCAGUCACGACAAAAGGGUCAAAAACAUAUUUUGGUCCCCUACCGUCAUAGCAAAUUAACGGAACUAUUUCAGAGUUCAUUUGCUGAUGGUGAAUCGGUUAUGAUUGUUAAUAUUAAUCCAGUCGAUACAGGCUUUGAUGAGAAUGUGCAAGUUAUGAAAUUUUCGGCUGUGGCAAAAGAUGUUUGUACCUCGUUGAAAAAUAUUUCAAGCCACUAUGGAUAUAGAGGUACAUUGCUUUUAACACCAGUUAAGGUUGCAAAAGAAAAUAAAACAUGUGAGAAUAGCGAUUCAAGGUCUGAAGAAAAUUAUGAUGCGUUUAUUAACAUGCUUUUUGCACAAAUAGAAGACCUUCGUGAAAAAUGGAUAAGUGCCGAGACGCGCUGUGGUAAAUUGAAACUUGAAAUCCGAGAACAAGUCUCUGAUGAGCUGGCUGUUCACAUGUCAAAUAUUGGAAAGAAGUACAUGGACCAGGCAACAGAGUCUAUGGAAAGACAAAUGGAAAUUAUUCGUCGGGAUACGCCUUCCACAAUACAUAGUGGUGUUUCUUAUUACCGGUUCUCUAGUAAUUUAGUUGAUAAGCUACAAAAUGAAAUAGUGGAAUUAGAAAAUGAAGUCGACAAUAUGGAAAAUAAAUUAAAGAUCUGUGCUUCUUUGCUUAAUGAUAAAGACGCGCUUAUUGAAAAACUUCAGGUUGAAAACAAAGAAUUGGAAAAACAGGUUCUUUAUAUUGCACAAAAACUUGAUUAUGUUGAUAUAGAAACUGAAGACGAUUCCAACUUAACGGAUCAAGAAUUGAAUGCAGUGAACAUUAAUAAACCUUCGGAAGAAACUAGUUUAAAAGGAGUUGAAAAUUAUAAUUAUAUUUCCCCGACAAAGCAAGAAUAUGAUGAUCGAGUAGAAAUAUCUUUAUUUGAAGAGAAUGAUCGGUUAUAUGAUAUUAUUGAAGAAUGUGAUGAAGAGGUGAAGAGUAACGUCAGUGACCUUUCAAUGGCUAUCUAUGACACGGAAUGUCGAGCAGUCGAUAGUCAAAAGCGUACACUGGAUGAAAUUAAUUCUCAAAAAGGGGAGGAUCCACCUAGAAAGAAAAAAAAAUUGCGAAAUAAGAAGACUUAUUUCGAAACAGAAAUCGAAGAAGAUCUUAACAAGGUGUCGCCACCUAAGAUGAAGUUGGUAUCGAAUAGAAAGACAUUAAGACGAUAUUAA